GCCGCGCCGAGGCGCUCGGCAGACGGGCAGCGCCGGGUCGAACCGGAGAGCGGGAGGGGAGAGCGGGCGGCGGGGAUCUCCGAGCCGAAGCGCGGGCCGUGACUCAGGGAACCCUCGUGAGCUGCAUCAUGGGAGCAGUGGUAGUUGAUGAUGGUCCGUCUGGCGUCAAAGCUCCUGAUGGAGGCUGGGGCUGGGCUGUCCUUUUUGGCUGUUUUAUCAUCACAGGAUUCUCCUAUGCCUUUCCAAAGGCAGUCAGUGUCUUCUUCAAAGAACUCAUCCGGGAAUUUGGCAUUGGAUACAGUGACACUGCAUGGAUUUCCUCCAUCCUGUUAGCCAUGCUGUAUGGAACAGGUCCGCUCUGUAGCGUGUGCGUCAAUCGCUUUGGCUGUCGCCCGGUCAUGUUGGUAGGUGGCCUUUUUGCCUCCAUGGGGAUGGUGAUAGCCUCCUUCUGCACCAGCAUCGUUCAGAUCUAUCUCACCGCAGGGGUGAUCACUGGUUUGGGUCUGGCACUCAACUUUCAGCCCUCGCUCAUCAUGUUAAACCGUUACUUUGACAAACGCCGACCUCUGGCCAACGGGCUGUCUGCUGCUGGGAGCCCUGUGUUCCUUUGUGCCCUUUCACCGCUGGGGCAGAUACUACAACACGAGUAUGGUUGGAGAGGAGGAUUCCUUAUACUGGGUGGGAUGCUGCUCAACUGUUGUGUAUGCGGAGCACUAAUGAGACCUUUGGAGCCACCCAAAAAAUCUGAAGCUACCAAAGAACCCGCUGAGAAGAAAGCGAAGAAAAAACUCCUGGAUUUCAGCGUGUUUAAAGAUGGUGGUUUUGUGAUCUACACGCUAGCAGCAUCUAUCAUGGUGCUCGGCCUCUUUGUUCCCCCAGUUUUUGUUGUGAGUUAUGCCAAGGAUUUAGGGUAUCAGGACACCAAAGCAGCUUUUCUUCUGACGAUUCUGGGAUUUAUUGAUAUCUUUGCUCGUCCAAUUUGCGGAAUGGUAGCUGGUCUCAAGUGGGUUAGACCACGUUGUGUCUACCUCUUCAGUUUUGCUAUGAUUUUUAAUGGCUUUACAGAUCUCAUGGGCUCCAUGUCUGUUGAUUACGGUGGCCUGGUGGUCUUCUGCAUUUUCUUUGGCAUUUCUUACGGAAUGGUAGGUGCUCUUCAGUUCGAAGUUCUCAUGGCUAUUGUUGGCACUCAGAAGUUUUCCAGUGCUAUUGGCUUGGUGCUCCUGGCAGAAGCGAUGGCAGUUCUGAUCGGUCCGCCAUCAGCAGGAAAACUCUUGGAUCUAACACGGAGGUACAUGUUUGUCUUCAUUAUUGCUGGAAUUGAAGUUACCACUUCAGCACUGGUGCUGGCCUUGGGAAAUUUCUUCUGCAUUAAGAAAAAACCAGAAGAACCACACACAAAAGAAGCAGCAGCAGAAAGAGAGGAAUUAAACAAAUCUGAAGACAAAACUCCCGAGGAUACCAAGGUGGACUCUAUUGAGGUGGAACAAUUCCUAAAAGAUGAGCCUGAAAAAAACGGCGAGGUCGUAACUAACCCAGAAACCUGUGUGUGAGCACAGCACAAAACCCACACAGCGUUCAGAAGAGGGUCAGACAGAAUUUCAACACUAUUUAUUUUAGAAAUAGAACUAGCUUAGGGCUGGGUCGUCUGCUUUAUUAACUGGAGGCUGGUCAGCUCAUCAGGUCUCUCUGGAAGCUGAUUUACUAGACAACCUUUUAUCAGAAAAUUAGCUUUAUCAGUGAAAGGUGAAACGUUGUGGUUAUACUUUUUAUGUAAACAAAAAAGCUUUUCUGAACACAAGUAGAGUUUUGCCAUGCAUCACCAGAAACUGCUCAUUUGGCAGAGAUUGAGGAAGGAUAUAUUAUGUGUAUGUUUUCAGAUAAUACGGGUGAAAUUGCUGUGUUGUGUGGCUAAAUGUAAUUUCCCUUUCUGUGCUUUUUUGGGAAGGGGAAAGAGUUUGAGAUGGAGAAAAAUCUCAGGAACUUAAAGGUCUCCAUUAGGUCUUUGAAUUUCUUACUUUUUUUAGACUUUCAGAUUAAUUGGCUCAGCCCUAGUAUAAUUUUGAUAAUACCUGUUACUUUGGUUUAUGCAAGUGUAUUUCUAUGAGUUUUGUCUAAACCUGUAGUCUUUGUAAUUGUCAUCUGGCAACACUGUACACAGAAAGGCACAUUGCAGGCACUGUCCCCUGCUGAUCACACAAGCCCUGAUCCUAGAGAAUGCUAAAAGGAAAAUAAAAUGAGUAGAUUCGAUCCCGACAGACAAUAAACAAAGUUCAUCUCCGUUCAUAUACACUGCUCUCAGUACAGCUUCUCUGCAACACUGAAAAAUAUUACAGGUAUCAUCCAGAAGAUGGACAGGAGGCUUAGUAGAAUCUUCUGAAAGCGUAUCUGUUUUGUAUAUAAGUUUUAAUUGUCCAGAUUACAUCUAUCAGCCAUGUGGCUAUUGGUAACUUAGGGGGAAGGCUGGGACUACUUUGAAACGUGUUACUGUUACAUCUUUAAUAUGCAACAUUAGCAACACAGGAAAAACUUGAUGGAUUUCUUCCUUUAAUGUUUAAUUUACCCCACUUCCCUCUGCUUUAUUAAUCUACAGGAGUUCAGAGGGCCAUUGUGGUUGCUUAAGAUGAUGGAACUGCUGAUUGUUUUUAUGACGGCACUAAAUGAGAGCUCAUCAAGAGCUGGGCUCUGCUACCUGUUGGCUGCACAAAGGCUCUGCGUAGUCCUUACAUCGUGUCUGACAUCAGAUGAGGGAAGGGGAAGUAACACAAAUAGAUCCAACAAGGCAGGGGCAGCACAGCUGGAGAAAUGCAGGAAGGGAAAAGAUUCACUGUGAGGACUUCAAAUAGGAAAGGAAGGUAAAAGGAAUAAAAAAAUAUAUUGUCUGUGCUACGUUUUUUCCCCACAAACACAUUGAAAAUAUGUAAUAUUUUCUAUAAAUUGAUGCUAUUUCAACCCAGUUUUCAGAUAUGUAUAUAAAAAGCCCUGUGGGAUUUAUGAGUGCAGUAACAAUCUUCAAAAUAGGCUUAAUUGCAAUGGAUUCUAUUUUCUUCUCAGUAGGGAUUCUAAGGCAGUAUACAAAAGAAUUAGUUGUCCCACGUGUGAUCAUUUUAGCAGAUACAGUACAACCAAGGAAGGGCCAAAACCACAACCCAUGGGAUUAUUUUGGAAACCAGCUUCCAUUCUGCUAAUUCCUUCACAAUGGUUUUGCAUUGUUAGGACAAAUUUAAAUCUUAGGAACACCAUUUUAUUUUUUGGUAGCAAUUUUAAACAGAAAUGGAUGCUGCACUCAAUAAAACGUUUAUUUUUUAUAUUGGAUAUAGUGCAGUUCUCUUUCCUUUUCUCUCCCCUGCCUUGACUUCCUUUGAAGGGAACCUCCACCUAUGCCAGAUGCUCUGCCUGGACAACCACAUCUCAGUGUUAAGCUGUGCUGGGGCUUCUGCCCAACUGCUUCUACAGCCAUAGCAAAAUAGGCCUUCAUAUUCAGCUCCUCUUAAUCCAAGAUGUAAAAAGAAAAAAAAAAAAAAGCCCCCCAAACCACCUGAUUAACAUCUACUGCAUACUAGAAGGAAAGGAUUGUAUCUGAACCCAUGAGCAAGAUCAGCUGCUUUUUAUGAUUCUCACUCUGCUUACUGCAAACUCACAUGGAACUGCCUUCAAACUCCUUCAGGUCUCUUGGAGUAGUAUUGCUUUAAUCUCAGCACUGUUGAGAUGGAAAUCCCUGAAUUCCUAACACCCCUACGUGCUCUUGUGUUUGGAAGAAAUAGGCGGCCAGUCCAAGAAUGGCUGAAGAGAUAACAGUUUGGGUGCAGGGCAGUAGUGCUGCACAACAAGAUGUGGAUGAACCCUCCUUUGUUCAGCCUUCACCUCCUUAACAUUCUGUGACUUGGGUGGAAGACAGGUAGCUACACAUUGGAAUAAUCACCUAUCUCAAAGGCAAUGCUGUCAUUUGCUCUCCAUCACGCACUGCUGGAGCAUAUGUAGCUGCAGUCAGAAACCCAGGUGCAAUAUAUCCAUGUAUAGUAAUAAAAAGCAACUGAAAGAUUGCUUUGCAGAUUACUUCUCCAGAACUGAUGAAGAAUCUCUCAGCAUACAGGCUAGUAUAAUUCUAAAGUUGUUUGGGCCUUUGAGCAUUCUAUGAAUUGAGAUGAUAUGAAGGACUGAACAGAUUGUUAAUAUUUAAACCCAACAAAACAGGUGUUGGGUGAUGUAAAGUCAUCCUCUAACCCAACCACAUUUCACAGUGAUAGUUCCCUAUACACUCAUGUAUGCACCUCUGUUCUCUCCCAAGAAAAGCCUGAAUUUGGUAGAAAGCCCCAAGCAGGAUUUGCAGGAGCAUGCAAACAUCACAUGUGACAAUGGUAAGUACGGAUUUGUGCACGUCCCUCUGUCUGUCUACUGCUGGUCUCUUUGGGAUUACAGGAGUACACUUUGGUUCUGUGCAACAAGAUGAUUUGUUUCCUGUUAAUGCACUUUAAUGUUACGUGUGCGUUUAUACCUGGAUUUGUUUGAUGCUUUUCUAGUAAACUGUUGCAAAAAUAGUGAAUAAAUAUUUAUUUGGUUAUCAAAAGCUGUGGAUGUGAGAAAAUAAGAUUAGAAAGAAAAACUCUACUGCCCAGAUUUGGUGACUGGGUUCUGUUUGGAUGUACUCACAGGGCCAUACAGAAGCAGUGUCAAUGAUCAGCAUCAGCACUGUCAGUGUCUUGAUCCCUGUGAUGCCCAUUACCACACUUGGAUCUUGAAAGCUUCAAAGAAAACAUUAAAAAUGCACUUGUGGUGUUUUCUGGGCACCUGGCUGAGACCUCCUCCUCAAAGUGCAUUCCCAAGGCUGUACCCAAGUGAAUCAAAACUACAGUUCCUUCAGAGUAGGAAGAGCUCCAUUUUGCUCUCUAGAAGCUAUCUAGAAGCACAGGGAUUUGGAAAGUUCAAAGCUAUUUUCACCAAAUUCUAAGCAUCUCUGCUGAGAAACCUUGGAGGAAUCUCUCCAAGCUCAGCUUCAAAAGUUUCUGUGUAUCUACACUUUGAAGAUCCUAGGUCUAGUUUAUAUAUAUAUAGAUAUAUACACACCUGAGAUAGAUAUCUAAAUAGGUAUUGGAAUAAAAGUAUGAUCACUUUUUAAUGCUUGUUUAGUUAGAGAGGUGAGACUUAAGGUCUAAUCAAAAGCUUUGCUAUCCCACUUGCCAGAUCAAACCAUGUUCUGCUGCAAGAAUGAAUGUUACCAGGUAGACCAAAGUGACAGAAUUAACCAUCACAUUCUUAUAGCACAUCCACAGGAGGGAAAACCAGUUUUACCUUUGCCUCUCUUACUCUCCCGAGUCUGAAACAAGCUGGACAUCCACUGUGAAGGAAAACACGCAUGACCUGAACUGCACUGCUCUGUCCCUGCUGCUGGACCCAUAGCAAGGAAAUCAAACUGCUGAAGGAAGGCGACCUGCUAACAUUUGAAGAGUGAACAACUCUGGAAAUAGCAGAGGCAUUGCAAAUGAGAAGCAAUGGUUUUGGAAUGUAUAUCUUAAUGGCCUCCUCAGUGCUCAAGGCCCAGAGCUUAUCUUCGUGUGAGUAGGAAGGUGCAGAACUUGUAGCUCUUAAAUCUCUUUCUAGUGACACAACCUGGAAGAUUGGCAGUCCUGCGUUCAUCUGAGACAGCAAGGAAAGUUAGAGGUACACAGAGUAAGGAACUACUUACCUCUAAUUACGUGCUGCUUGUUCUUGGACCAGUUUCAACACCUGCUUCACUGUCUCAGCAAUAUUCCAGCUGGCAAAUUCCUCAUUGGCCCUCUGUGAAUGCACUACAAAAACGAGGAUAGCUCUUCCCCUUCUGACUCUUUGACUACUGCUGUUUCAGAAUUUUAAAGGCUUUCAGUAGAAAGCCAAAGCCAAUGAAGAACUGCAUUUAGAUUUUAGUCUUUACACUUCUUCAAAAAAGUCUUUUUAGCCACGCAGAAAGAAGUGCCAUCAGACCUACAGGUUCACAGUAUCAAUCUUAAAAUGCUACUUUUUAGCAGUGGGAGCAGAGAAACACAUUUUCUUCCCAGCUCAUAAUAUACCAAGUGAUUUCCUGCUCUGUUCCACCCCUCCCCCCACCAGUAUCCUGAGUGGCCAUAGGAGACAAAAACACAGACAGCAGCAGACCAGGGCUUAAAGCAUUAGGAUACAACAGAUAAUUCCCCCCUUUGCCACGUUCCUCUUCAUUAUAUCUGUUGUUUUUUUUUUUAAUAGCUGGUUCUUACCCACAUCUGACAGUGCAGAAACUUCCCCCACGUAACAUUAAGAAAUGAUACCAUUUUAAAGAAGUUAUUUUGUCUUUUUUUUUAUGUAUUGUGCUGUUUCAUGGACUGUAUAUAAAUAGAUCAUCCAGUUUUCCUGUCGUCCAUCCGCCUGCAGCACGUGACAGUUUCAAAGAACCCAAAUCAUACUAUUUCUGUUCAGGAGGAAAAACCCCCCCAAACAUCUGAGCAGUCAGAGCAGUUCUCCUGUGCACAUACUCACGGAUAGCUAACAGGAUUCUGCUGUGAAACAGAUUCUUACUGAGGAUCAGGCUGCUGAGUGCUCUCCUGUUACAAACACAGUGCAUGGUACAAGUGCUUCAUACAAUACAGAUUUACAGUCAGUGAAAUGCAGGCCCUUAAAAACCAAUACGUUUUAAUAAUGAAGUGCUGCAUUCUGUAAUGGCAAAAACGUGCUAACGUGUCUCAUUCAGUUAACUGCAGGAGCUGCACUGUUGUAAGAUUAAAUCCAUGGUGGAUUAUGCUUCCUCACAACUGAAUUAAACCUACAUUUCUGACCA